CUGAGGGAGUGGUGAGCCUGCGUCAUACCUCCAACUUUCCCUCUCACUCUUCUAAUCUUGUUUUAGCCUGGUAAAUUGUUUAUUGUCCGUUGACUAAGUGGGAAAAUCCAAUGGCAAAUGUGCUAUCGAAAACCGGAACUUUUUGAUCAGAUUGAUGUUUUGAUUAUGUGACAGGGAACAGAGAUUAUUCAACAGGGAGAGCAGUCGAGGAAUAUUUAUAGAAGAAUUUCAUGGAUAUUUUAUAGUAAAAAAAAAAAAAAACUACUCUCACCGGAAUAUCAUCCACGGGCUGUCCAUCUUCCUAGAGAAGGAGCGCUUGGUGUCCGUGUUUCCGCGGUAUGUCUGAGGGCUCGAGGCGAUCCUUCACUCACGAGACGAGAUGAGACAGCAGGUGCUCGCGCUCAGCGCGCUCGUGUUUCUCUGUGCACCUCAUCCUGGAACUUCACAAACACAAGAAGUUUGCACAGGCACCAAGAAUGCUCUGAGCUCCACAGGCACGCCUGCACAACACUACAACAACCUGAAGGAGCGCUACACCGGAUGUGAGAUCGUCAUGGGCAAUCUUGAGAUCACACAUAUGGAGAGUGACCUCGACUUCUCCUUUCUUGGAAGUAUCCGAGAGGUCACAGGUUACAUCCUCAUUGCUGUGAAUCAGUUCAGCAGGUUGCCGCUGGACCAACUAAGAGUGAUUCGUGGUAUCAGCCUGUAUGAGAAGGAAUGGGCUCUUUCUGUCUUCACUAAUUUUGAGAGUAACAGUGGCCUGGAAGAGCUGGGCCUCUCCAACCUCACAGAGAUCUUGGAAGGAGGAGUACAGAUUGUCCAGAACAGGAAUCUCAGUUAUGCUCCGUGGAUCAACUGGCGGGACAUUGUCAGACAUAGUGAUGCUCCCAUCCAGAUCCAGAGCAAUGGAAGAAGAGGAUCCUGUGAUUCUGCAUGUGGAGAUUUCUGCUGGGGUCCACGUAAAGAUCAGUGCCAGAAAUUGACAAAAACAGUGUGCGCGCCUCAGUGUCAUAGCCACUGUUUCGGGACCAACCCUAAUGAGUGCUGCCACACAGAGUGUGCUGGAGGCUGCAUUGGACCAAGAGACACAGACUGCUUUGCUUGUCUACAUGUGAAUCACUCGGGCGCCUGCGUCCCUCACUGCCCUUGGCCUCUGGUGUACAACCGACAGACCUUUCAGCUGGAGCCCAACUCUGAAGCCAUGUAUCAGUACGGUUCCAUCUGCGUACCCAAAUGUCCUGGUCACUUUAUUGUGGAUGGCAGUGCAUGUGUGAGCAGUUGCCCUCCUGGUAAAAGAGAAAUAAAUAAAAAUGGCAUUAAGCAGUGUGAAACUUGCAAUGGCCUGUGCCCCAAAGUAUGUGAAGGAACGGGAGCCAAUCAUAGACAGACAGUGGACUCCAGUAACAUAGACAGCUUUAUCAACUGCACCAAGAUCCAAGGAAGUCUACAUUUUCUUAUCUUAGGUAUCAAAGGAGACGUCUAUCAUAACAUUCCCCCUCUGGAGCCUGAAAAACUCAAAGUGUUUAACACUGUCAGCGAAAUUACUGGCACUCUGGACAUUCAGUCUUGGCCUGAUGAACUCAGCGAUCUGUCUGUUUUCUCCAGUCUCACUACCAUUCAAGGAAGGUCUCUACUCAAGCCCUUCUCUUUGUUGGUGAUGAAGAUUCCCUCCCUCACGUCUCUGGGACUGCAUUCUUUGCGUGAAAUCAGUGAUGGCUGUGUGUACAUCACUCAAAAUAAAAACCUGUGCUACCAUUACACCAUAAGCUGGACCCAGAUUAUCACCAGUAACUGUGAUAAUGACAUCAAGGAGAACAAACCCCAGAUCAAGUGUGAGGAAGAGGGCCAUGUGUGUGACCCACUGUGCUCAGACGCAGGAUGUUGGGGCCCGGGGCCUGGGCAGUGUUUGUCGUGCAGGAACCACAGUCGGCAUGGCACCUGUGUAUCUCACUGCAACCUCUACUCUGGAGAGCCACGGGAGUUUGCAGCAUCAAAUGGAGAGUGCCUUGCUUGUCACCCUGAGUGUUUACCCCAAAAUGGAAAACCGACAUGCAGAGGAGAAGGAGCUGAUCAGUGUGUAGCAUGUUUGAACCUGAUGGAUGGCCCUCACUGUGUUUCUACUUGUCCUAAUGGAGUGAAUGGGGAAAAGGGUCAGACCAUUUUUAAAUAUCCAAAUGCAGAAGGUCAUUGUAAGCUCUGUCACCUCAACUGCACAACAGGGUGCUCAGGCCCAGCACUCACAAGCUGUUUUGAGUUCAACAGACUUGUGAACAGUUCUCAGAUCGCAGGUAUAUCAGUUGCUGUGUUUGCUGGCAUCAUCGUGCUCCUGGCAAUGUUUGCGCUUGGUUUUCUGUAUCACAGAGGCCUGAACAUCCGCCGCAAAAGAGCACUGCGACGGUACCUGGAGAGUGGUGAGAGCAUGGAGCCGCUGGAUCCAGGAGAGAAGGGCACAAAAGUGCAUGCUCGCAUCCUAAAACCACAAGAGCUGCGAAAGGGCAAACUUCUGGGCCAUGGAGUCUUCGGCACUGUGAAUAAGGGCUUUUGGAUUCCUGAAGGAGACUCUGUAAAAAUCCCUGUGGCAGUAAAGAGCAUCGAGGACCGCAGCGGCCGGCAGACCUUCACAGAGAUUACUGAUCACAUGCUUGCGAUGGGAAGCCUAGAUCACCCGUAUAUAGUGCGUCUCCUUGGGAUCUGUCCGGGAACAAGUCUGCAGCUAGUCACCCAGCUCAGUCCUCAAGGAUCCUUACUGCAACACCUUCGCCAACACAAAGACCGCCUGGAUCCCCAGCGUCUGCUCAACUGGUGUGUGCAGAUUGCAAAGGGAAUGUAUUAUCUUGAGGAGCACUGCAUAGCCCAUAGGAACCUCGCUGCACGCAACGUGCUGCUCAAGAGUGACUACAUGGUACAGAUCUCAGACUUUGGGGUGGUAGACCUGCUGUAUCCAGAUGAUAAGAAAUAUGUGUACAGUGAACAAAAGAUUCCAAUCAAAUGGAUGGCAUUAGAGAGCAUCCUCUUCAGAAGAUACACUCAUCAGAGUGAUGUGUGGAGCUACGGGGUGACUGUAUGGGAGAUGAUGUCAUAUGGAGCCGAGCCAUAUGCAUCCAUGCAUCCUCAUGAUGUGCCAGGUCUACUGGAGAAAGGAGAGCGACUGGCUCAACCUCAGAUCUGCACCAUAGAUGUCUACAUGGUCAUGGUCAAGUGCUGGAUGAUUGAUGAGAAUGUAAGGCCUACAUUUAAAGAGCUCGCCAGUGAAUUUACGAGAAUGGCAAGAGAUCCACCACGAUACCUUGUGGUGAAACUUCCUCAGAAUUGCGUUGGUGCAGAUGAAAGCCACCAACGAUAUGUUAAAAGCUGUCAUUUAGAGGCCGAUGAUGAUGAUGAUGAGGUAUUGCAGGAUGGGUUUGAUACUCCUCCACUCCAGAUGUCACCUUCUAGAAGUCAUUCUCGCCUCCGUAUGUCCUCCUACAAGGGCAUCACAGAACACACACCACCGAUAGGCUAUCUCCCCAUGACCCCCGGAGAAGACCAUAGACAGAGGAGAGCCCAGAGGAGAAAGAUGGGCUCAGUGAGGACAGAGUCAGAGUGCUCAGAAGGCAGAGAAACCAUGGUGGACAUUGAAAUUUCUUCUCAAACAGGUAGCCUUCGUAGAGGCCGCAGCCGUAUGGACAGUGCCUACAUGUCCACCGGUGUGUCUGUGGCCUCAGAUCCGUUUUCUUCAGGUCUGGAAGGUGUAGACGAGGACCAUUAUGGAUACGUGUUGCCCUCAGAAAGAGGUUCUAGAAGCAGUGUUCCUCAUGGUAGGGCAUCCAGAAACUCCAAGAGUGCUCUUCCGCCACCAAAAACUGAUGUACAAGAGUAUGAGCUAAUGAACAAACGGCCCACUCGGCUUUCUGCUUCACCCACAGACAACGGUUCAUCAGCACUGUGCAACCCAUCCUCCUCUGCUUCUCCCUACACAUACAGCAUUUUACCACAGAAGAGAGAUACUGACUCAACACAAACUGAACAGUCAGAUAAGGGUGCUAGUUCGCCUGAAGGGGCCAGUGUGGAGUCUGCUGCUGCUGGUGAAUACAGCCUGGUUGGAACAGUAACAUGUACUGACGAGAACCAGUCUGAGAGCAGCCCUGUAGAGGAAGAGCCACCAACAGAGCCACUGCCACAAGAAGAGGUGGUCGAGUAUGAAUACAUGGACAUACGUAUAGACAUAACGCAGCAAAACAGUCCCCCGAGCAGUCCAGAUGAAGUGGAGAGUGACAGAAGAGAAGUGAUUUACCAAAAUGUAUGUGCAAGAGAGAACAAGGAGAACGAGGAUUCUGAUCUCACUACACGGCGCAGUGAAUAUGUGGACAUGGAGGCUUCUGGAAGAGCUGGCUCUGAGGACAGAGAUCAGGCUGAUUAUCAGAACUUUCCGGUAAAGGGAAGACCGGUUAUGGGAGAGGAGUCACAAAAGACUGGUCUCAGAUCCUACAUAAAAGUGUGUGCGGGAGUGGAGGCGCAAAACACUUCAUUUGACAACCCAGACUACUGGCACAGCAGACAGUUCCACAAGCAGGAUGCCGUUUGCACAUAAUUAUUGACUUCAUCUGACUAACAUAAAUAAUGUGAUGGAUCAGUGGUGGAAACAGAAUGGACUGGCAGUUUCUAAUGACAUAUAUCUACAAUGUGAUUAGUAUUUGAACAUAUAAAUGGAAGCUAUGGUGCCAACAAAAUAUUAUACUUUAUUAUAGUAUAAAAUCACUUGUCUUGUUGAAGAUUGUCCUACCUCCACGUGUGUGUCUCUGAUGUGCAACUCCUGUGGUUUUGUAUAGAUUUAAGCUCGUUUUUUAAGACGAUGAUUUUUGUGUACUCAAUGAGGAACAAGUUUAAAAAAAAAAAUGUUUUGUAUAUUGAUUUUUCUCUGUCAGUAAAAGGAAUCUUUCAAGUU